CAGUCAUCAAAUCAAACUAUAGCGAAGCAAAUAAAAUAAAAUGCUUGCUCUUAUUCGUCCCGUCGCCUCCAUCGGUGCCCUCGCCCUCCACCGCAGUCUCCCACUGCCCCUCCCACUGCGGCGGGCGCCUCCCAUCGUGCGCUCCCUCAUGGCCUUCCCCACCGAUCCGGCAGCGGUCGAAGAGAAGGUGGAAGCGGAGGACGAAGCCCUCCCCGCGGCCGUCGCCGGCGCCGGGGAUCGGGGCGAUGUGAGCCACGAGGAGUGGCGGCGCUGGGGCACCUCCUCGCCGCUCCCGGGCGCGGUGGCCGGUGUAAUCCGCGACCUUCUCGAGAUGGAGGCCGCGGCCAGCGAGAGAAUGCGCUUCGGGGGCGUCGGCUCCAAGCUAAAGGGCAGUUUCAAGGACGUGGAGGACAAGAAGCACAGGGCCGUCUACGAGAGGCUUGCCGACUCCGACCAGAAGCUGCAGUAUUUCUCCGCGCGGCAGAUUGGCUGCCGUUUGCUAGGGUGCAGAGGGUACCUGUGCCAGAAGUGCUGGCUACCAACCGAAGACUGUAUGUGCACAAACAUUGUUCCGUGCAACCUUUGGAAGGGGGUGAAAUUCUGGCUAUAUAUGCACCCAAAGGAUUUUUUGCGCCAGAAUAACACAGGGAAGUUACUCUGGCAAGUAUUUGGCAUCCAAGCUGCACAGCUAUGCCUCUUUGGUAUCCAAGAACAUGAGGAUAUCAUGUGGGAUGCAUUUCAGAGUUCAGGAAAGGGGAAGAUCUCAGUUCUAUAUCCAAACAAGACUACCACCCCCAAGUCAGUUAAAGACCUUGAAUUUGAUGGUUUCUCCUUGACUACUGACCUUCGUGAGAAUUUGCAGGACGGACCUUUCAAUUUUGUUUUGCUUGAUGGCACCUGGAGCAAUUCUGCUGCACUGUACAGAAGGUUGAAGGAGAGAUGGACUGCAGUAUGGGGAGAUGAAGCUCUACCUUGUAUUGCACUAUCUACACUUAGUGCCUCAGUGAUGCAUAAACUACGACCGCAGCCUGCCUGGGAUCGUACCUGCACUGCAGCAGCUGCAGCUGGCCUCCUCUGGGAGUUGAGCUCGCGGCCUGAGCUCAUCUCAUUUGGGUUGGAAAAGCAAGCCGAGGCGGUGGAGUGCUCGUUAGACAACUUGCUGGAUGCUCUCACUGCCAGGCGGCUUCGUCUGGGCCGAUCGAUAACUCGGAAACAGAGACAUAGUAGGAACUGCAUAUAGGGAAAGAAGAAACUCACAGUAACAGAGGAGCAUGGUGUGCCAUCAAGUGGAAGGCUGAUUUCAUUCUUUUUUGUAGAACUCAGGAGCUGAUCAUUGUCAACAAGUUUUCUCCCCUUUCUAUAUAGGUUACUAGAUCUUCAGUUCAGUGCUGUAGAUUACUUUUAAUGGUCAUUGACAUGAGCUGUUACCGCUGCUACUGUCGAAGAGGAGGGUUACCAAAUAUUAGGGUGCUAAAACUUGGGUUGUAUUCUGACAGAUUUUGCCAUACCAUGAAAUCAAGUUGUUUUCUC